AUGGAACCAAUCAACUGUCUGCAGCCUGAAUUUGUUCCAACCGGCGGCCGCACCACCCCUCUGCCGGAGAGUCCCCGAGUUCCUAUGGAGUUUCUGUCAAGGUCAUGGAGUGCCUCAGCUCUUGAAGUCACAAAAGCUAUUGCACCAGCUCAUUCUCAACCUCCUCUUUCAUCAUGCAUGCCUUCAAAUGGUUCUACUCCUGAAGAAACCAGUAUCUACUCUAUCUCUGAGGAACUCUCGAACGUGUCUAAGAAUCAGUUUUCUUUCGCUUCCUCUGCUACUUCACAGCUUGUCCUUGAACGCAUUAUGUCACACUCCGCUAGAGAGGAAGUGUCACCGUUAACAUCUGGUAGAUUAUCUCACAGUAGUGAGCCUUUGAAUGGUAAUGGUGCCUUAACAGGAACAGACAGUCCACCAAUUUCAAAUUCAGAUGAAUUUGACGAUGUUGUUAAGUUUUUUCGGGCGAACAAUUCCAUUCAUCCGUUGUUCAAUGGUGGAAGAGCAAAUGGGGCCAUUGGCAACAGCACAGCCGUUUCAGGACCUAAAACUGUAGGAAGAUGGUUGAAAGAGAGAAGAGAAAAGAAGAAAGAAGAAAACAGAACACAUAAUGCUCAAAUGCAUGCUACUAUUACUGUGGCUGCUCUUGCUGCUGCUAUAGCAGCCAUUGCUGCUGCAACAGCUGCCUCAUCGACGGCAAACAUAGACGAGAAGAUGGCCAAGACUGACGUGGCUGUUGCUUCGGCUACCACAUUAGUUGCUGCACAAUGUGUGGAGGCUGCUGAAGCAAUGGGAGCCGAGCGCGACCACCUAGCUUCAGUGGUCAGCUCAGCCGUGAAUGUCCGUUCUCAUGAUGAUAUAUCUACUCUUACUGCUGCAGCUGCCACAGCUCUCCGAGGAGCGGCAACAUUAAAAGCUAGAGCUUUAAAGGACGUAUGGAAUAUUGCUGCAGUAACACCACUGGAGAAUGGAAUAGGCGGCAUGACAAUAAAUGGAAAAGGGAAUAAUAUAAGCAACAGCAACAGCAGCACCAGUGAUAGUGGAGAAACUAUAAAUGCAUAUAAUUUUACAGGUUCCAGCAUUCAAGAGUUACUUGCUAAAGGCAGUGAAUUACUCAAACGCACCCGAAACGGUGAUCUGCAUUGGAAAAUAGUUUCUGUUUACAUACAUCGAACAGGACAGGUAAAACUAAAAAUGAAGAGCAAACUUGUUGCAGGAAAAAUUACAAAAAAGAACAAGAAUGUUGUUCUAGAUGUGUGCACGGACUUACCAGCAUGGCCAGGAAGAGAUAUUUUAGAAGAUGGAGAAAAACGACACUACUUCGGAUUGAAAACAGACACGAGGGGAAUUGUCGAGUUCGAGUGUAGAACUCAACGAGAAUAUGAUAUUUGGACACAAGGAGUUUCUAGACUUCUCUCCAUCGUCAGGCAAAGACAAAACAAAUACAACAGUUGA